AUGGGAGUCUGCCUCUCCUGUCUAGGUGUCCGUCGUCACAGCCACCAUGAGUCCGAUCGUGCCCGUCUUCUCUACGAUGACUACCCAGCCGGCCACAGCUACGGGACAUGGGGCGCAUCGAGCGUGCCUCCCCAGAACCUGAUGAGCCCAGAGGAAGUUCAGCGCGAACAAGAAGCCCUAGACGGGAUCGCCCAGUGGGCGAGCGACCAGAUCGUCGAAAUCUUCCCCCACAGCCACCGCUCCCUCAUUAUGUCUGCCUCACAGCUCAACGGGCUCAGCCACACCAGCACAGGCGAUCAGAACACCACAGCUCCCUCAUCUACUCAACAUCAAGACAUUCUCUUGUCCCUAAUCCCGGGAGACAAAUCAAAGCGCUCGAUACGGAUAUACCCUGCAUCGCGACCGACUUCAAAGAGCGGCCUGUCCCUCCGGAGUAAGAGUUCGGUAGGGACAGGGAUGAACAGCAGUAUUGGAAAACACGGAGGGGAUUCUGUCUUGGUUACACUGGACGUUAAGUUGCCUUAA